UUACUUUUCCUUAACACAGGGAUACCGUCUCCAUCAGUCAGUCCUAUUGAAGCCUGUUGAACGACGGGCAAAUUAAAGUCAAGCGUUAACGGUGUCGGCGCCAUGUGCAGCUGCACCGGCAGAUCACCAGGUUCAGAGUUCACCUUUGUUCAACUCGGUUCCCCCCGGUCAGAAGAUGUUCUUCUCUGACCUAACGGAAACCCUGCUGCACUUUUUGGACGCGGAGUUAUUGGAAGUUAUUAUUCCUUCACGUUUCAUCACUACAUUAAAACACUGUCAUGCUCUGCUGACAGUUUGUGCUUAGUGACAAGUAUUUCCAGACGACUGUAGGAUGAUGUUUGAAGAUCUUCUUCAGUCCUCCGCUUCAUUCUACCUGUUCGGGGCCAUUGUGGGCUUACUGGUCCUUCGCCUUCUUUACUCCAGCGUCAGCUGCCAAGAAACUCGCAGGGAGCCUCCAGGACCUAAACCUCUUCCCCUGCUUGGUAACUUGCUUCAAGUGGAUCUCAAGAGACUGGACAGCUCUCUUUUUGAUCUGUACAGAAAAUAUGGACCAGUGUUCACAGUGUACUUUGGAUUUAAGAAGGUGGUGGUCCUGGCCGGGUACAGGACAGUCAAACAGGCUCUGGUCAACCAUGCUGAGGAGUUUGGAGACAGAGAGGUCACUCCAAUAUUCUAUGAUUUCAACAAAGGACACGGCAUUCUGUUUUCCAAUGGCGACUCGUGGAAAGAAAUGAGGCGUUUUGCUCUGACUACCCUCAGAGAUUUUGGAAUGGGCAAGAGGAUCAGUGAAGGAAAAAUCAUUGAGGAAUGUCACUACCUGGCUGAAGAAUUUGAACAACAUCAAGGUAAAGCCUUUAACAACACCCAGACAAUUAAUUAUGCAGCUUCCAAUAUUGUAGCAGCUCUCAUGUUUGGGACGAGGUUUGAAUACAAAGACCCUGAACUCAAAGCUUUGCUGGAAAGAGACCACGACACCAUUCGUCUGACGGGAUCAGCUUCCAUCCUGAUAUACAACAUGUUUCCUUGGCUGGGCCCUUUUCUUAAAAACUGGAGGGAUUUGAUGAAGAAUGUGAAAGACAGUAAGGAGGACACGAGAGGAAUGAUAGCAGAUCUGAAGGAGACUCUGAACCCUGAGAUGUGCAGAUGCUUUGUUGAUGCAUUUCUGACCCGUAAACAAAAUCUGGAGGAGUCUGGGAUUUCCUCACAUUACCAUGAUGACAACCUCCUCUACAGCGUGGCAAAUUUGUUUGCAGCUGGGACAGAUACAACAGGCAGUACACUUCAAUGGUGUCUGCUUUUCAUGGCCAAGUACCCUCAUAUUCAAGACCAAGUCCAGGAGGAGCUGAGCAGGGUGGUUGGAAGCCGUCAGGUCCGAGUAGAGGACAGGAAGAACUUGCCGUACACCGACGCUGUCAUCCAUGAGUCACAGAGACUGGCCAACAUCGUCCCCAUGUCUAUCCCUCACAAAACCAGCCGAGACGUCACCUUCCAGGGCUACUUUAUCAAAGAGGGAACCAUUGUAAUUCCUCUUCUUACUUCUGUCCUUUAUGAUGAGAGUGAGUGGGAGAGCCCAUACACUUUCAACCCGUCCCACUUCCUGGAUAAAGAGGGUAAAUUUAUCAAGAGAGAUGCCUUCAUGCCCUUUUCUGCAGGUCGCAGAGCGUGUCUUGGAGAGAGUCUGGCCAGAAUGGAGCUCUUUCUUUUCUUCACCUCCCUCCUUCAGCGUUUUCGUUUUACUCCUCCACCAGGAGUCACAGUGGAAGAACUGGAUCUGAGACCAGUUGUGGGUUUCACCCUCACUCCUUCGCCUCAUGAGCUUUGUGCUGUCAUCCGCCAGUGAGGAACGCAGCUGGAACGCUGUGAUUAUUGUGUUAACAGGAACUGCCACCGUGCUGAUUGUGUGUGAUGCGGGACAGGACAUUAUGUGCAAAUUUUAUGUAGAGCUUGCUUUAACAGGAGUGAAUGGGAGAGCCAGACAGCAACUGGGUAUAAUUGAAAUGCACACUGAUGGUAUCAAGCAAGAGCAGAUUUAAAUUCCCUAAGUGAGCUUAGGUAGCAGGAAAACAUCUACCUUUAUUUCAGGGUUUCUCCUAUAAAAUGAAAAGAAUACAUCUGUGACACAGGGGCCUGAAAAUAUUUCUCAGAAGAAAAGUGUUACUGUGGCUCAGCUUCCCCCAGUUGAGCCAUCUGGGGGUAAAUUGACCAUCUUACUUUUUCGAAGUUUAAACCUGAGCCUCAUUUUGUUCAUGAACACUUUCACAGCUUUGAACUUGUGAGGGCAAACCACCAGUUUCAAGACCACCGAACAGUAAAAAAAAUCAAUCAAUCAAUCAAUCUUCAAUAUUACAUUCAUCAAGGUUACAGGGUCUCUCCUUGCAGUUCCUCCAGCCUUUGGAGGUUGAGGUAGCUUCUUCAGGACAUUGCUCAGUGGGAAAGGUGCCUCAUCAUUUUCUCUGAAUGCAAAGGUGGGUUUCUCGCUGCCAGUGAUUCCCUGGAUUCUUUUAACAAAUCUUGAUGAUGAUGAAAAUGAUGAAGUGGUCUUCAUAUCUAACCCUAAAUGAGGCCCACUUGCUUCUUUCCUUUUUCUGCCAAUACCUGGUUUGAUGUCUGGACUGUCAUAACUUGUCAACAUUAUACAUCUAAUUGUGAGUGAGUGUUUACUCCCAACAUAUGGAUGCAUUCAUGUAAUUAUGUUUUUUUGCAUACUACUGGUACACAGCACAGCUUUGUCUCUAUCUCAGGAUAAAAUGGUAAAACUUGUUUCUGCCUGCAGCUGGUAGGACAGUCCUGAGCUAUGGAGACCAGAUGCCUAAAAUAUGUGAAGCAGACUGGUUCUACAGCUGAUACCACAGUGAGCAGUGCAGGAAAGUUAGACAAAACAUAGCUUGCUUUUUUGUAUAUUAUCGAAGCAGGCGUAUACUGCCUGCUUCGAAACCUGACCACUCUCUUUUUGAUGUGAGAAUCGUCUUGUUUACCUGAACCAAUGUGAUUCCUUCCAUUGCUUAAUUUCCUACCUAACACUGUGAGUCUUAUGUUUACUUGCGUGGAUAUGUUUAGCUUUCCAGAAAAUAUGGACCAGUGUUAACAGUCUGCUUUGGACUUGAGGACGAGUUUGUCUCUCUGUCAAUCCCUCAUUCAGUGAUUUCAUCAAAGGACAUGUGUUCUAUACUUUCUGAGCUCUCUGGAGGUUCAUGAUGUGGCCGGUUGUCCACGCAAACGUGUUUAAAAAAACAAGUAUAUGUCCAUAGAAAGCCAAAUGGGUGUCAUACAAGCGCCGUCAGGUCUUAAUUAAAUUCCCAGUGUACUCUGAAGUUCAUAUGUGUUUCAUGACAAUGAUCAUUGGUUUGAUCACUGGUUAUGUUGAGAAUGCCAUUGACCUGUAAUGAAAGCCUGUCUGUCAAAUAUGUUAAUGUGCAUAACUCUGACUGCAAAGAAACUGGGAUGUAUGACUCCAGAUGUCCAGCAGGGGGCUCUCCCUCCCCAGUUCAGAUUCAAAUUCUGAUCCAAGCAAAAGCAAUUUAUGGUUAACUUGGUAACUCUGUGUGUAAAAUCCAUGCAUCUCCACCUCCUCUUUACUCCCUUCACACUGAUCCAAGGCUGUGUGGGCGGGCAUAGAAACCUAUGUAGCAUAUUGCUGCAGGUGACAGGUGACUUGGCAGCAAUUCAUGAGUGAUGAAACACCUGUGGUGCUGAAACAGAUGAAGCUGUGUGUCUGAAAGGACCAUUUGAGCUGCUACAGCGCUUCUCCCACAAAGCACAGUCAGCAUCAGAACAAAUGUCUCUUAGUGAAGAUUUCAAUUAUAUGUAUAUGUAUCCCUCCAUCACAUACCUCUCUCUCUCACACACAGGGAGCCAUAAAGAGAGAGAGAGAGGGAGAGGAUGGGGCUAUUAGCUUAUUGUUCCCCUUGGCAGCUUUGGCCCUCGGACAAAGGAGCCUCCAGGACCCAGGCCCCUGCCUCUGCUUGGCAAUUUGCUACAGCUGGAUCCUAAGACACCUUACAGAACACUGUAUGAGCUCUCCAAGAAGCAUGG